CAUUCUCGCUGCGCAUGCGCGGCUCAUCUGUGUCCAAUCACAGCUGAUCACUGAUCAUCAGGGCACUGAUGAUCAGUGUGCCCUGAUGAUCAUUGUAGCCCCAGCAGUGCCACCUGUCAGUGUCCAUCAGUGCCAGCUGUCAGUGCUCAUCAGUGUCUCGUGCCAGUGCCCAUCAGUGCCACAUCAGUGCCACAUAUCAGUGCCUACCAGUGCACAUCAAUGCCACAUAUCAGUGCCCAUCUGAGCUGCCUUUCAGUGUCACCCAUCAGUGCCAGUCAAUGCCACCUAUCAAUGCCAAUUAGUGCCACCUAUCAGUGCUGCCAAUCA